GACAGUCUGACCAACCUUUCGGUGUUUGAAAAACCAAUUUUUAUAUAUUCUAAUUUUAUCCUUAAAUUAGUCUGUAUGUUUUGGAACUAAAUAUCCUAUAUUUUCCAAAACAUCCAUGCUCAAUCCAUAUAAGUUGGCGAGCUGAAUUUCAGUUAAUUCACAAUAAUAAGUUUUUUUGUCUUUAUACUAGAUGCAAUUAGUAAUAAGCGAGUUGGUUGUCUGUUAUGUAGUGUAUGUUUGGGGCUCAUGCCUAGCAAGAUCAUUCGUCACUGUUUUCUUUGAUAAUUUGAGUGCUUGUAUGUAUUAUGGGUGUUCACGGACUCUGGAAAUUAAUUGAGUCGUCUGGAAAACCAGUACCAUUAGAGACACUUGAAAACAAAGUUUUAGCAGUAGAUGUCUCGAUUUGGCUUCAUCAAGCAAUUAAAGGCUUUCAGGACAACAAAGGAGCACCUAUUGCAAAUGCUCAUUUGCUGGGAAUAUAUCACAGGGUUUGCAAAUUACUAUAUUUUAAAAUUAAACCAAUCUUUGUUUUUGAUGGAGGAGUACCUACCCUUAAAAGACAAACUAUUGCCAAGCGGAACCAGUAUAGAUCGAAAAACUCCUCUGAAGCAGACAGGCUACAAAGGCAACUUAUUAGUACCCUUUUGAAACAUACAGCAAUAAGUAAAGUACUAUCAGAAAAAACAAAAGCAAGCUUGCCACUUCUAAAAAAAUCUAGUACAAAGUAUGACACUCUCUAUGAUCCACCUUCAGCAGAUUUUGAUUCUCUAGAGUCUUCAGAUGAAGAAGUCACUGGUAGCUCAAGUACUACAGAUUCAAGUCCAACAAAGCAAUGGGAUUUGCAUUCAAUUGAUACCACUAGUCAUUAUUUUAAAUCUUUACCUUUAGAAGUGAAGCAUGAAAUAUUGACAGAUUUGAAAGAUACAAGGAAACAGAAUUCAUGGGGCAAACUUCACCAACUCCCCAAGCAAAGUGAUGAUUUUUCUAAUUAUCAGAUGAAGAGACUUCUAAAAAGGCAAGAAGUUCAAACAGCAUUAGAUAAUGUUUUGAAAGAAAUGGGUGGAAUGUCAUUAUCCUUAGCUGAAUUAGAAUCUCUUCUCAAUGAUCAAGGUAUAAAAACCAACAAUGAUUCUAAUUUCGGAAAGCGAAUAGCUUCUGAUAAUAAAACUAGAUAUUUAUACAUAAAAGAUAUUCAGAAAGAAAUUAAGGAAUCAGAAAAGGCAGAAGAGACCAAGAAAACCAGUGUAUCUAAUACAAAUGAGCAGGAAGAAUUAAAAGAAGCUAUUCAACUGUCUCUCCAAGAAACUCCAUCUACUUCUAAUUUUGAAGCAGCCGAUUUAACAAUAGAAACCAAAGCUGACUUGGAAGAAGAAGAAGAGCUACAAAGAGCUAUUCAGUUGUCUCUAGGAAAAAACCCGCAUUUAAAAGAACUGAAGCCAUCAUUUUCAUUUUUAGAAAGUUUCAAUGAUGGAGACUUCCAGUCUAGUUCAGAGGAAGAUUUUGAAGAUCUCACACAAACAUUUAAUAAACCCACUGUAAAAGCAAUGUCUUCUGCCCAAAAUUAUAUGAUGGAAUAUAGUGGAUUAACUCCUGCUGAAAUUGAGAAAAUAAUUGGUGACAAUAAAAAUUUAUAUUUAAGUUUUAAAAAUGCCAAGUUAACUGAAUUGAAUGCUGAUUUGGUUAGAGAAUCCGAGCAGUCAAAAGGUAAAGAGCAAAAAAAUUUGAAAGGAGAGGAUAUAAUCAAACAAACACAAUCUGAAGAUCAAAAUAAUAAAAAUUCAAGUAUGACAAAUAGUGAACAGACUCCCAAACAAGAUGAAACUGAUGUAGAAGAUGACAUUGAACUAAUGUCAAACAGUGAUUCAGAUGAUGAUGAUUUCUGUACUGUUGAUAUUACUGAAAAAGAUAUAUCUAAAGAAAAAGGUGUGAAAAAUACCAAGGAUAAUUUAUUAUUAAAAGAAAACCAACCUAUAAUUUUUGAAGUUGUUAUUGAUCCUAAUAAAAUUGAAGCUGAUGAUCUCUUUGGAGACAUAUUUGAAGCAAAUACUGUAAAAGAUCUCCAGGGAGAUUUUCUAGCAAAAGAAAAUCUUCAUAAUAAUGUUAAAACAUUAGAAAAUUUCAUUGAACCCAACCAUAAAGAUGAUCGUUCUAAAGAUAGUUCUAAUGCUCCUUUGGUUGAUGAGAAAAAAUUAGUUGACUCAAUGGAACAAGAUUCUAUUGACAAAGAAAAAAGUAAUAUUUGUAAAGAUUUUAUUAAUAACAAAACUAAAAUAGAUGAAGUAAAUAAUGAAGAAUCAGUUGAAGAAAAUGAUCAAGUUGAUGAAAAUAAAGAAAAAAUGAAUUUGAGCGACAAUAUAACAUUAACUAUGCCUGCAGUACCCAAGUUAACAAUACAGGAGAUGCAAGAAUUGAAAGAUAAUCUUAUGCACGAUAAAAUAGAUAUUAUAAGAGAAAAAUCAAAAAAGGAGAGAUUAGCAAAUAAUAUUACUGAUCAAAUGUACCAGGAAGCUCAGGAAUUGCUAGAAUUAUUUGGUGUGCCCUAUAUUGUAGCACCAAUGGAAGCAGAAGCACAAUGUGCAUUUCUAGAUGAGAUAGAAUUGACAAAUGGAACCAUUACUGAUGACAGUGAUAUCUGGUUAUUCGGUGGUAAAACAGUAUAUAAAAAUUUUUUCAAUCAAAGUAAAUAUGUCAUGGAGUUUAAAUCUGAAAACAUUGAGCACCAUUUCAAACUAAAUCGACAACAAAUGAUUUUACUGGCCUUAUUAGUGGGAAGUGAUUAUACAAUAGGGCUUCAAGGAGUAGGGCCUGUCACUGCACUAGAAAUACUUUCAAUCUUUCCUCCAAAUCAGACUCAAGAAUACACUCUUUCUAAUCAACAACUGUUAUCUGGAUUAAAAGAAUUCAAAUCUUGGUAUUUGAAGGGCAAAACAGGAGGAUCUGGUAGGUCAAGUUUAAAAAAUAAAUUAAAAAAUGUGACUUUCGUAGAUAAUUUUCCAAGUUGCCAAGUAGUUGAGGCUUAUUUAGAUCCAAAAAUAGAAACUAGUAGGACACCAUUUUCUUGGAGUAAACCUGAUAUAACUGGUCUUACAGUCUUUGCCAAAGAAAAAUUUGGUUGGACAAUGAAAAAAACAGAAGAUAUACUGAAUCCAGUAAUUAAAAAAAUAGAAGAAAACAGAUCUCAAAAAUGUAUUAAAGAUUAUUUCAAAACAAAAUUUAAAGUUGAUGCCAAGAGUAUAGAUGGUAUAGUUAGCAAAAGAGUGAAGAGCGCUAUUAGUAGAAUCGGAAAAAGUCAAGAUGAAUUGAUAGCUGACGAAAUGAUUGAGUUAGAGAAAGCAAAAGAUAAAGUUAAUGGAAAAAAAUCUUCUAAAUUAACUCAGAAUCCAAAAAAGAUAAGGAAAAAAAUAGACAAAGGAGAGAAUGAAACGAAUUCAAGUGAAAGUAUAAAAGAACAAAGUAAUAUUUCUAGAAAUAAUGUAGAUACUAAAAAUCAAGCUCUUACUAGUCAAAAAUGUAAAACAAAUACAAAAGAGAAGAAAGAUAACAAUAAAAAACAAAGUGAUGAACCUGUGAAUAGGGAUAUAUCUAAAACAAAAUCAAAUAAAAGAAAAGGUAAAGUACCCAAAUCAAAAUCUCUACAUUUAGAACAGGUUAGUGAGUUGAAAGAUUAUGAAAAUAUUGCAAUUGAAUUGAAGACGAGAAGAAAAAGAAAAAAUGAAUUGCUGAAAUUGAAAACAGAAGAUCCCUCAAAGAAAAAACAAAAAGUUCUCCCAUUACUACCUCCAAUUUUGGAAGAAAUACCAAAAAAUUUGGAAGGCGAUACAGAAAUCCAAAUGUUGAUUGCCACAACUUCUCACUCUAAUCAAAGGGUAGAGGAAAUUACCAAGGAAGCCUUCAAAGCUCUUGAAGUAACACCAACCAAAAAAGUAGGCCCCAAUACAAGCCUUCAUAAACCAGAUUUAAUACAUCAAAGAUUGCGAGAUAAGUCUAAUUUACUGAGAAACAAAAUGAAAGCAAUCGAAGUAUUUAGAAAAUCAAAAAAAGGUCCUGGAUAUGUUUCAAAAAGGAAGAAAAAACUAGUUUUGCCCAAGGAAGAUGCAGAAUUAUCUGAAAACAGUGAUUAAAUUAUUUUACUUUUCAAGUUAUUUAGAUGUACUUUUAUUUAUAUACAAAGUUGAAUCAAUUUUAUAAUAUUGCAAAUUUUGAGCUGAUAUAAAUAUAUCUUACAAAAAAUAGGAGUGUGAUAAUAAGAAGCAUUGUCUACUCUUCAAUCCGAGUGUUUUAGCACUACAUACAGAAGCAUUGGGGAAGAGGGUAGGUUCCUUACGUUCUUAGUAAGGACGAAUUAGUUUUACAAAUCCCCUUUUUUAUUAGGGUUUAUUGGAGGUAAUUAUAUUCUCACGAAAGAGUCCAAAAGCUUUUUUUCAGGAUAAUCUGCAGCCAAAUUUUUCAAAUAGGAAUGAAUCAAUCUGUUAAAUUACCACAUAUUGUUUGUUACAUAGUUUCUUGAAUCAAUAUAUUUUUUUACUUAUGAAA